GAAGGCAGGGCAUUCCAGCCGUCGUCAGAUCUGCCGUGCACUGCCUCUGAGCAUUCGCAUCUUCCGGUGAUCUCUCUGUGUGAGCGUCGAUUGACUGCGGCUGUCAUCCAUCCAUUGAUUUGAUUCAUCACAUCCAUCGGCGGUUGUGAGUGAUGGAGAGUGAGGGCAUCGGGCACCACUGCGGCGUGGCGCUGAUCCGGCUGCUCAAGCCGGUCGAGUACUUUGUGGAGAAGUAUGGCACGGUCUUCUACGGCCUCAAGAACCUCUACCUCCUCAUGGAGAAGCAGCGCAACCGAGGCCAGGACGGCGCCGGCAUCGCCUGCGUCAAGCUGGACCUUGAGCCGGGGUUUCCCUUCAUCGACUGCCAGCGGUCCAUCGCUCAGGACCCCAUCAAGGACGUCAUGUACAAGUGCGAGAAGCUCGCCUCCGAGAAGCUGCAGGAGCUCGACGGCGGCUUGCGGCGCAACGGGCGGAUCCUCAAGCACCGGGUGCCCUUCACCGGGGAGGUCUUCCUCGGCCACGUCAGGUACGGCACCGACAGUGACAACAGCGAGGACCGCUGCCACCCGAUCCCUCACGAGAACAACUGGAUGACGCGUAACCUGGUGCUGGCGGGCAACUUCAACCUGACCAAUGUGGACGAGCUCUUCAGCGAGCUGGUGGAGCUGGGCCAGCAUCCCCGCGAGAAGAGCGACACCAUCACGCUGCUGGAGAACAUCAGCCACUUUUUGGACAAGGAGAACAACGACCUGUACGUCAAGUACUUCGCCGCCGGCCACGGCAUGCAGGACUGCUUCAGGCUCAUCGCCGACAACAUCAAUGUGCCGCGCAUCCUCAGACAGGCCGCCGCACACUGGGACGGCGGGUACGUCAUCGGGGGGCUCCUGGGGCACGGUGACGCCUUCGCGCUGCGUGACCCGAGCGGCAUCCGGCCGGCCUUCUACUAUGUCGAUGAGGAGGUCGCCGUGGUCGCCAGCGAGAGGCCCGUCAUCCAAUCGGUCUUUGGGGUAAGGCAGACAACAGGGGAUGGAUGGAUGGAUGGAUGGGGCUGCAUCUCUCUCCAUCUCUGUCUCUCUCUGUGUGUGUGUGUGUGUGUGUGUGUCAGUGUGGUGUGGAUGAGGUUCGUGAGAUCGGUCCGGGCAAUGCGCUCGUCAUCAAGAGGGACGGCACCGUAUUCCAGGAACGGGUCAGUCAGCUCAGGGAGGGACCAACCACUCACACAACACAGCACAGGCAUGAGUGAGAUACACCUAUGUGUGGCUCACGCGAUGCAUAUGCAUGUGUGUGUUGUGUGUUGUGUGUGCCAGGUUAUCGACCCCCUCCCAUACAGAGGCUGCACCUUCGAGCGCAUCUAUUUUUCCAGGUAGGUGGGUGCGGCGCGCACACACACACCGCACAUAUAGUGCUGGUCUGACUGCUGUCAUCUGUGUGUCGUCCAUCGGUCAGGGGUGGCGAUGCGGCCAUCUACCGUGAGCGCGAGAGGCUGGGGAGAAACCUCGGUGAGCGAAGCGAACGGAGCUUUCUCGCCCCUCCCGUGUGUGUAUGUGUGUCUGUGUGUUGUGGAUGGUUGUCUUGUCUGGUCAGUGCCUGAGGUUUUGCAGGCGCUCGACGGCGAUUUGGAGAAUGCAGUCUUCGGCUUCAUCCCGAACACCUCAGAGCUCUCCUACUACGGACUCGUCAAAGGUGAGUGGCUGGCCACGAUGGGACAUGCAGACACACACAAUGCCACUACUCACCGUGUGUGUGUGUAUGUGUGUGUGACAGGUAUGGAGGAGCAGAUGGAUCGCAUCAAGGAGGAGAAGAUCCUCGCACUCGGACCCGCACCAGACCCCGCCGAAGUGCGCAAGGUCAGUGGACUGACCCACACCCAUCAGACACCACACCAUCGAUAAUGUCACUUGUCUGUCUGUCUGUCUGUCUGUCAGAUCUUGGCCCUGAAGGUUCGAGUGGAGAAGGUGGCUUUCAAGGACGCCAAGAUCCGGACCUUCAUCCAGGAGGACAAGAGCCGCGAGUUCCUCGUCAGCCACGCAUACGACGUCACAUACGACAGCGUCAAACCCACCGACGCCCUCGUGGUCAUCGACGACUCGGUCGUCAGGGGGACCACCCUCACCAACUCUAUCCUCAAGUAGCCACAACACACACCACCAGAGAGAAGAUGGGCAUGGAGGACGUCUGUCUCUGUGUUGGUGUGUGCAGGAAUCUCGACCGUCUGAGGCCUCGCAAGAUCGUGGUUGUGUCGAGUGCGCCUCAGAUUCGGUACCCCGACUGCUACGGCAUCGACAUCGCCAAGAUCGACAACCUCAUCGCCUUCAAGGCCGCCACCGCACUCUGCAAAGAGAGGGGCAUGGAGGCACGACUGAGAGAGGUCAGCACACAGAGAGAGAGAGAGAGAGAGGUGUCGUGUGUGUUGUGGCUGCAGGUGUAUGAGAAGUGCAAGAUCCAGCAGCAGCUGAUGGUGGCGAGUGCCGACCCCGACCUGUUCAUCAACCACGUCAAGGCCGUCUUCGAGCCCUUCACCUACCAAGAGGUCUCCGACAAAGUCGCACAGCUCGUCAGGUCUGUCAUUCCACACAUCCACACACGCAACCAACACACACGGCACAUUGUGUGUGUGUGUGUGUGUGUGUCUCGACCUAACUGAAGGCCGAAGGAGUUCCAAUCGGAGAUCAAGGUGGUGUAUCAGACCAUCGAGGGCCUCCACAAAGCGAUGCCCGACUACAAAGGUCGGGACCCCUCCCCUCCCCACACACGCAUCGUAUCGCAUCGACACACAGCCACAUGCCCGUGCUGUGUGCGUAUCCAUCAGGUGACUGGUACUUCACGGGCGACUACCCGACGCCCGGCGGCAUGAAGGUCGUCGGUAGGGCAUUCAUCAACUACUACGAGGGACGAAACGAACGAGCCUACGGCGUCAUCUCAAGGUGGGCAUGGCACCGCAACACACAUACACACACAUAGCCGCUCACACACACGAGUGUCUGGUCUGGUUGUUUCUCUCCCCCUCCCCCUGCCCCCUCCCCCCUGGUGCAAUCAUCAGCAAUUUGGGCAAGACGUGUUUGGUGAUCGGCAGCGGCGGCCGCGAGCACACCUUUGCGUGGAAGCUGGCACAGUCCAAACAGGUGGGCGCCGUCUGGGUGGCGCCAGGCAAUGGAGGCACGCAAGACGUCCAGGUAACAACCUCCCCAACGGACACACACACGUCGACACAGGCAUUCGUUUCUCGUCAUCAGGUUGGUCGCGUGACGAUCAAGAAUGUCAAGUUGGAUCUGUCGCCGACCAAGGGUUUCCAGGACGUCAUUGACUUUUGCAGUGCAAACGGGGUGGACCUCGUGGCUGUGGGGCCCGAACAGCCGCUCGUCGACGGCAUCGUCGACGCACUCCACGCCGCAGGUGCGCUCGCAUGACACACAGGGAAGCGCGCACACACACGGACCGGACACUGAAUGGGGCUGUGUGUGGUGGCGUGGCGUGGCGUGGCGUGUGUGGGCAGGCAUCAAGGUGUUCGGCCCUUCCAAGGCUGCAGCUCUGUUGGAGGGCUCCAAAGCCUUCUGCAAGGACUUCAUGGCCAAAUACAGCGUCCCCACCGCCGAAUUCAAAAGCUUCAAGUGACCACGCACACAUCCCCUCCACCUCUCUCCCCCUGUGUGUGAAUGUGGUUCUGUUUGCUCUUUGUCUGUCAGGGGUGUGGGUGAGCUCGACGCCGCCAUCAAGUACAUCAACGAGAGCCCAUUCGACGUGGUCGUCAAGGCGUCAGGUCUGGCCGCCGGCAAGGGUGUGGUGGUGCCCGAGACAAAGGAGGAGGCCAUCGCCGCUCUCAAGGAGUGUCUCGAGGGCAGGGUGUUCGGCGAGGCCGGCGAUGAGGUCGUCAUCGAGGAGAAGCUCGAGGGGCCGGAGGUCAGCGUGUUCGGCCUCUCUGAUGGGUACACCGUGCUGCCCCUGCUGCCCGCACAAGACCACAAGAGGGUCAGAGCGCAGGACAACACACACGCAACAGCCACUGGCCUGCGUGCAUCUCUCUCUCUCUCUCUCUGUGUGUGUGUGUGUGUGUGUGUCAUCAGGCGUAUGACGACGACAAGGGUCCCAACACAGGCGGCAUGGGUGCGUUCUGCCCGACGCCGCUUGUGUGUGAGGACCUGCUCAAGGAGAUCACCGACAAGGUGCUGCAGCCCACCGUCGACGGCAUGAGGAAAGAAGGCACACCCUUCGUCGGAUGCCUUUACGCCGGUAUGUCAGUGCUCAAAACACAGAGAGAGAGAGGCAAAGAUCGUCAGAUCUUCACACGUGUCUCCGUGUGUGUGUCAGGUCUGAUGCUGACCAAGAACGGCCCCAAGAAUUUGGAGUUCAACGUGCGGUUCGGUGACCCCGAGACGCAGGUGGUGCUGCCGCUGCUCAAGACGGACCUCUACGACCUCAUGUGUGCAUGCGCCGAGCAGCGACUCAGCAGCAUCAACGUCGAAUUCCACACCGGGGCCGCCUGCACUGUCGUCAUGGCCAGUGGCGGAUACCCUGGUGGGUGCGGCGCGCGGAGGACACAUCGCCGAUGUAUCUCUACUCUCUCUCUCUCUCUCUCUCUCUCUGUGUGUGUGUGUGUGUGUCAGGUUCUUACCACAAGGGUUAUGAGAUCACGGGUCUGAAGAACGCCAUGUCGGUGCCGGGCGUGACGGUCUUCCACGCCGGCACCAAGAUCCGACCCAUCUCGCCUAACAAGGGCAAUCCCGCACUCGGACAAAGAACUGUGGUAACCACACGCAACACACACCAGACUCCACGAACACGCAAGACACAUAUGAAGCACACACACCCACUGGUGGCCUCUGUGUGCGCAGGAGACUUCCGGGGGUCGUGUGCUGGCCGUCACUGCUGUGGCUCGGUCGCUGCCCGAGGCGCAGACCCGCGCCUACGUUGGAAUGCGGUGCAUCAACUUCAUCGGCGGCUUCUACAGGAAGGACAUCGGCAAGAAACUGCUCAGGUACACACACACACUCAGACACACAACACACGAACACCACCACACGCACUCACCUGGCUCCCCUCUCUGUGUGUGCGAAUGUGUGUGUGUGUCAGGUUGCCGACGGAGGAUUUCACCACGAUGCAGUCCGACCCGCUCAAGAAGCAGUCGGUCGAGUCGAUCUUCUCCAUGUCCUCACCCACACACCACGGCGACGUCUCGGGCGGUACGGGGCUCACCUACCUCGCGGCUGGCGUCGACAAGGCCGCAGGCGACGCCGCCAAGGACGGCAUUCAACCGUACGUCAGGAGGACAUCCAGAAGCGGAUGCAUGGCGUCGAGCGAAGGUACACCCUACCAGCAAGAAGGAGGACAGCCGCGCUCUCACGGUGUGGUUGUGGUGUUGUGUCAUGGUGGUCUGAUUGGUUUCAGACACGAGUGGCAUGUGUGACCUGCUGACGGCCGGCCACCGUGACGCUGUGUUGGUGACGGGCACGGCUGGUGUGGGCACCAAGCUCAAGGUGGCGGCCGACGUCGAGAAAUACGACACUCUCGGCACUGACCUCGUCGCUCUCUGUGUCAAUGACGUCGUGGUCAGUGAGCCGAGCCCCCCACCCUCCACACACAUAUCCCCUGACUGACACACAAGUGCUUCUCCCUUCUGAUCGUUUCGCUGCAGUCCCACGGCGCCGAGCCGAUCUUCUUCACCGACUACUAUGCGACGGGGAAGCAGCGAGUGGCUCAGACGGUUGCGAUAGUCAAGGGCAUGGGCGAGGGGUGCAUUCAGGCGGGGUGCUCCCUCUUCCCCGGCGAGAAGGCCGAGCUGCCGGGCAUCUUUCCGAGGGGCGAGUUCGACAUGGCUGGGUUCGCCGUGGGGGCGGCCGACAGGAGCACGGUGCUGCCCAAGAAGGACGCCAUGCAGGAGGGGGACGUCCUCAUCGGCCUGGCAUCCAGCGGCAUCCACGCCAACGGGUUCUCACUCGUCAGGAGGGUCAUCGCCAGCCAGGGUGAGGAACGAGACACAUCAGACAGACAGACAGACAGGCCGGUGGUGAUCAUCGUGUGGUGGCCGUGUGUGCGUGUGUAUGUGUGUCAGGUUUGUCGUACAAUGCCCCGGCUCCUUUCGACGCCUCCCGCAGUCUCGGCGAUGUGUUCCUGACCCCGACGCGCAUCUACGUCAAGGCCGUCAUGCCCCUCUGCAACGGCGGCAUGCUCAAGGGCGCCGCACACAUUGCAGGUACGUGUCAGGGAGUGGGUCCGGGCACCGGCACACACGACGCUCUGUAUGUGUGUGUGUGUGUGUGUGUGUAGCUGGUGGUUUGCUCGAGAGUGUGGCCAAGAUCCUGCCGGUGAAUCUGAUGGCGCGCAUCGACACCACGGCGUGGGAGCUGCCGGCAGUCUUCAGAUGGCUGCUCGAAGUGGUGAGAACGACAGGCACCACAGCACAGCACAGCACACCUGAUCGAAAUGACCGACACACAGGAGCAUUUUGGCCAUCAUGAUGUGUGUGUGUGUGUGUGUGUGUGCAGGGUCGCAUUGAGCCCCGUGAGUUGGCGCGCACCUUCAAUUGUGGUGUGGGCAUGGUCCUUGUCGUAGCGCAGGGCGACGAAACCGCCGUCAUGCAGGUACCAACAAACACACACACACAGAGGGAGGGAGAGGGGGAGAGAUGAACGCAUCACUUAUUCUGUCUGCUUUCCUUCCUGUGUGUGUGCAGGAGUUGUCAAACCACGGCGAGGAGCCGUUCGUCAUCGGUCAGCUGGCCGUCAACGACGCCUCCCGCAAGUCGUCGAGCGAGAUGUCCCAGUCGAUGACCAAACCCACCAGGUCGCGCGUCAAACUCGACAACAUCGAGGCCUCAUGGCUCAAGACCACACGCUUCACAUCCCUCACCGCCGACGACUUCCAGAACACACGCAAAGUCAGGUGGGUACCUCAACACACAACACAGCACACAACACACACAAACCGACACACCUGCCUGCAUCCCCCGUCUAUGUGUGUUGGUCAUCCAUCCAUCCAUCCAUUCAUCAGGACGGCCGUGUUGAUAUCUGGGACGGGCACGAACCUGCAGGCGCUAAUCGACUGCUGUCGGCUGCCGACCUUCCCAGCCGAGGUGUCCCUGGUGGUGUCGAACGUGCCGGGCGUCGGGGGGCUGGAGCGGGCCGCGGCCGCCAAGGUGCCGCACAUGACGCUCAACCACAAGGAGUUUCCCGACCGGUCGUCCUUCGAGGGCGCCCUGCACGACAUUCUUGUCCGCAACAACAUUCAACUCAUCUGCCUUGCCGGUCAGUCAGGAAGUCAGUCCAAUGCGCGCACACCCACGAUGGGCAUCUUUCUCUGUCUCUGUGUUAUUCCGUUGGUCAGGUUUCAUGCGCAUCUUGACGGACGAGUUUGUGUGCAAGUGGCCCAACAAGAUCAUCAACAUCCACCCGUCCCUGCUGCCGGCCUUCCCCGGCCUCAACUGCCACCGCCGUGUGCUGGAGAAGGGCGUCAAGGUCACGGGCUGCACCGUCCACUACGUCACGGCGGGCGACCACGUCGACUGCGGGCCCAUCAUCAUCCAGGAAGCCAUUCCCGUCGAGGACGACGACACACCCGAGAGCCUCACAGAGAGGGUCAAGGUGCACUGCGAGUGGAAGGCUUACCCAAGGGUACGCUCACUAGAUGGAGCGCACAACCCACACCAUUGGUGCAUUCACGGCUUCUUGUGUGUGUGCUGCAGGCAUUGGCUCUGGUGGCUGAGGGCAAGGCCCCCAUUGUGGAUGGCAAAGUCAAGAUCGAAGCUUACUGAGGGGGAGGGGACGCACAGGCACAGGCAGACAGGGAGCGGAGCGUGUGUGCGAGCCUGUUUUUCGUCCGUCCGUCUUGAGGUCUUGAGGUCUUCGGGGGUGCGAGAGUGCAUGUCCCCGUGUGUGUGUGUGUGUGUGUGCGCGAGAUGGAGAGAGGCAGCUCCAGAGCGAGUGGAGUACUGCUAGGCAGGCGGACCAGCGAGAGAUGAGAUGCUCCGUGGAUUGUCUUUGGACGUGGUCGAGGUGCCUUUAUCAUGUCGGUUUAUUUAGUUGUGUUUGACGUCGGUUAUGUCUGCCCGUCUGUCUGUCUGUUGAACACACACAACCAGCCUGUUGUCCUCUCGUCGGCUGUGGUGGUCUACUGUUGUUCUGCUUGUGGUUGUGCGACGUGCCAUCAAAGUGGCAACGGAGUGCAGUCAUGAGUAUGGCGACCGUAGCCUAUCGAAAGCUCUGACGGGAGACGCAGUACUGGAUGGCUGAUGUGGAUUUGUCGACUAAGUGAAUGUGAACGUAUUAGAGACAUCGA